AUGUAUCGAAUCGACAUAAUGGAUCUAUUACUUCUUUUGGUAUCCAGUAGUUGUGGGGUAUUAAAUAAUAGUUCCCGCAGUCAAAACUUCAUCCCGGAGAUAAUGACUCAAUGGCGACUAGAGGUUGCGCAACUUAAAUUGAUAUUAACAGCAGCAAGAAAUCCACAUCGUCUGAAAUUGAAAGUUGCUGCCAUGACGAGAGCGUGA